GUCGACACACAAAAUAAAAUUUAAAUUCUAAUAAUGACCAAAAUACCCUCAACCUCCUUCUCCUAUUUCAUCCCUUCCAAUGCCUCCAUUCUCACCAACCCCAUUCAAAUCCGUCGAUCAAUGACGACGCCGUUAAUCUCAUUGACAACUAUAGUAGCUAUUAUAUACGAUUGCUGCCAUACCCAUUAACUAAUCAAUCUCAGUCUGAAUCGAAGUUUCUGCCAUGGCCCCCGCAGCCGGAAACGCUGCCGUUACUUCUAAAGCCCUUGCAUUUGGUGCAAGAUCUUCAAGGCUUUCGGAUGCCCAUUUGAAUUCGAUCCGUUUCAGGAAACCCCUUUUCGGAUUUCGAUAUAAUAUUGAACGGAAAUGGGGGAAUUUGUCACUGCAAGGUGGUGGCGGGAGGAACAUGGAGGCGAUUGUAGAGAGAGGAAGAAAAAGAGGGGGAUUGGUGAAGUGUACGGCGGAGGGUAUAGAGAGAGGAAUACUGACAGGAGGAAGAGGGCAAGAUGGUACUUUUGUUAUGCCGGAAAGGUUGAAGGUGGUGGCGUUAAUGGCAUGUGUGAUGUGUUUGUGUAAUGCUGAUAGAGUUGUUAUGUCUGUAGCUAUUGUUCCUCUUGCUGCCAAACAUGGCUGGAGCAGUUCUUUCUUGGGCAUCGUUCAGUCUUCUUUUCUAUGGGGAUACAUUUUUUCAUCGGUUAUUGGAGGAGCAUUAGUGGACAAAUACGGAGGAAAACGGGUGUUAGCUUGGGGUGUUGCCUUUUGGUCUUUAGCAACACUUUUGACUCCAUGGGCUGCAAAUCAUUCCACAAUUGCCCUUUUAGCCAUGCGUGCUUUCUUUGGUCUUGCAGAAGGAGUCGCUCUUCCUUCAAUGACAAUUCUUUUAUCAAGGUGGUUUCCAUGUAACGAAAGAGCGACAGCUGUUGGGUUAUCAAUGGGAGGAUUUCACCUUGGGAAUGUUGUGGGAUUAGUGUUGACACCUAUCGUCAUGUCUUCAAUUGGGCUUUCUGGCCCUUUUAUUCUUUUUUCAAGUCUAGGGCUUUUAUGGCUAACAACAUGGACACUUCGGGUCACAAAUGAUCCACAAGAAAGUCCUUCAAUAACCCAGUCGGAAUUGAGGUUAAUUCAAGCCGGAAAGUCUGAUUCCGUUCCUCUGAAGAAGGGUGAAUUCCCUCCUCUUCGAUUAUUGUUGUCCAAAAUGCCAACUUGGGCUAUCAUUUUCGCUAAUGUAACUAACAAUUGGGGAUACUUCGUUCUACUCUCAUGGAUGCCUGUGUACUUUAAAACUGUAUUUAAUGUGAAUUUAAAGCAAGCAGCUUGGUUUAGUGCUGUGCCAUGGGGAACAAUGGCGUUCUCAGGGUAUGUUGCAGGAGCUGCUUCUGAUUAUUUAAUCAAACAAGGAUACUCUUUGACUUUUGUUCGAAAAGUCAUGCAGUCGAUUGGUUUCAUUGGGCCAGGAUUUGCUCUACUGUGUUUGAAUUAUGCGAAGACACCGGUGAUUGCUUCUGUGUUCAUCACUGUAGCACUCAGCUUGAGUUCUUUCAGUCAAGCUGGAUUCCUGUUAAAUAUGCAAGAUAUUGCACCUCAAUAUGCGGGAUUUCUCCAUGGGAUUUCGAAUUCUGCGGGGACAUUGGCUGCAAUAGUUAGCACAAUUGGAACAGCCAUUUUUUGGAACCUAUUUGCUACUGGUGAAAGGGUCUUUUAG